CUCGCUCCGAGCCAGCAGCCGAGCCCGCCCGCCCGCCGAGGCCAUGGGCUGCCACGGCCGCGUGUCCGAGCUGCUCCGCCGCCACCUGCAGCCCACGCUCACCUACUGGAGCGUCUUCUUCAGCUUCGGCCUGUGCAUCGCCUUCCUGGGGCCCACGCUGCUGGACCUGCGCUGCCAGACGCACAGCUCGCUGCCCCAGAUCUCCUGGGUCUUCUUCUCACAGCAGCUCUGUCUCCUGCUGGGCAGCGCCCUCGGGGGCAUCUUCAAGAGGACCCUGGCCCAGUCGUUAUGGGCCCUGUUCACCUCCACACUGGCCAUCUCCCUGGUGUUUGCCGUCAUCCCCUUCUGCCGCGACGUGAAGGUGCUGGCCUUGGUCAUGGCACUGGCGGGGCUGGCCAUGGGCUGCAUCGACACGGUGGCCAACAUGCAGCUGGUGAGGAUAUACCAGAAGGACUCGGCCAUCUUCCUCCAGGUGCUUCAUUUCUUUGUAGGCUUCGGUGCUCUGCUGAGCCCCCUGAUUGCUGACCCCUUCCUGUCCGAGGCCAGCUGCUUUCCUGCCAACAUUACGGCCAACGCCUCCUCUAGAAGCCACCUGUUCCACACCGCCCAUGUCCUAGGCCAGCACCACGUGGGAGUCCAGCCUCAGUCCAACCAGACACUCCCUGGACCAGCCCCAAAAGGCGGGACUGAGACCCGUGUGUCUUAUGCCUUCUGGAUCAUGGCCCUCAUCAAUCUUCCAGUGCCCAUGGCCGUGCUGUUCCUACUGUCCAAGGAGCGGCUGCUGACCUGCUACGGUCAGCGCAAGCCCCUCCUGCUGCCUGCAGAUGAGCUUGCCCUGGAGACCCGGCCUUCUGAAAAGGAAGAUGCCUCGCUGUCCUCAAAGUUCCAGCCACACCCAGGGCAUGAGGACCUCUUCAGCUGCUGCCAGAGGAAGAACUUCCGGGGAGCCCCUUGCUCUUUCUUCGCCAUCCACAUCACAGCCGCCCUGGUGCUGUUCAUGACGGAUGGCAUGACGGGGGCGUAUUCCGCCUUCGUGUACAGCUAUGCCGUGGAGAAGCCAUUGUCUGUGGGCCACAAGCUGGCCGGUUACCUCCCCAGCCUCUUCUGGGGCUUCAUCACGCUGGGCCGGCUCAUCUCCAUUCCCGUCUCCUCGAGAAUGAGGCCAGCCACCAUGGUCUUCAUCAAUCUGGUGGGCGUGGUGGUGACGUUCCUAGUGCUGCUCAUUUUCUCCUACAAUGUCAUCUUCCUGUUCUCGGGGACAGCGAGUCUGGGCCUGUUCCUAAGCAGCACCUUCCCCAGCAUGCUGGCCUACACGGAGGACAUCCUGCAGUACAGAGGUUGUGCAACCACAGUGCUGGUGACAGGGGCAGGCGUUGGAGAGAUGGCCCUGCAGAUGCUGGUUGGUUUGAUAUUCCAGGCCCAGGGCAGCUAUAGCUUCCUGGUCUGCGGCGUGAUCUUUGGCUGCCUGGCUUUUACCUUCUAUGUCUUGCUCCUGUUUUCCCACAGGAUGCACCCUGGACUCCCAUCAGUUCCUACCCAAGACAAACCACUCGGAGUGGAGAACUCUGAGUGCUACCAGAGGUGAAAGUGGCUGCAAGGGGCAAGCAAGGACUCCAGCCGCCGAGCGCCAAGGCCACCACACUGCAGCAGGAAGCUGAGGCUCGCAGGGAGGCCUCUCUCACUGCCUUUGCUUGAAUCUUCUCCACUCACUCUCGGUCCGGUAGAAGACAUUAUGUUGUCUGGGUACCUGGGUCUUCCCCUGGCGAAUCAUUAGAAGCCUGCCUACCUACUGAUUCCAACUGCCUUUGGCUGCCCUGGUUUGGCUUUGGAAAGAACUGUCCAGGACACCAAGCCGGAAGGGCAGAAGCUGUGCACGGACCACCCCCUGGGUUUGAGAUCACUGUUAGUUGAAGUUUGAAAAAAUAGGCUGAAAUUGCAAAGCUUAAUGAUCAUUGCUACAUGUAGAUAUAUUUUAAAUCAAUCAAAACAAACCCUAAGUUAUUCCCUGGCAUGUUCAAAAAUCUAUGUGCUUUUUACUAAGAGUCCAGAGUCCCUCCCAUGCCCACUGUGGAGAUCAGUUCAUCUGUACUGGAGGACAUCACAAGGAGCGCUUGAGCCGUCCUCUGUGGGACCUACUUCAGUGGUGUGCCCGGCUAGCUCAGGCCAGCUUAGAAAGCUGAUUGAUAAAUUUUCAUUUUGAAAGCUGGUUGUCAAAUGCAGCCGGAUUAAAAUUAACAUAAUUAAAUUAAAUAGCCAAAACUUACCACUUAAUUUUACUCUAGUGAUGUCCUCAGAGUUGUCUAUAGCAGCUGGGUAGGGGUGUGCUGCUGGGCCUGUCUCCCCAGCCCUCUUGAGAAGCAUGCUGGUUGCUUCAGACCCACCGUGGUGGGAGUAUUUAUACCACAGACACUGGCAAAGGCUACAAAUCAGGGCUUUUGCCACCAUGUAUCUGUCAAUGCUAACCGUCCCACAAAUCACCUAGGAGAAUGAGAUGGUUGUUCUAUUUUCCUGACACUGACUAGCAUAUAGAAGGUAAAACCAGUACUAAGAAUUUCCAAAAUUAUCUACUUUAAAUUUUACAUCUUUUAUAGAGGAAAAAUUUUUUAGCAUGCCAGGGUCUGGGACUACUGAACAAUUCAAGCUGUACCCUAUACUGAAAGCAGUACCUUGUCUGGGACUUUUGGCUCCUAUGCAGCAAUGAAGGUCAUGAUGGAAGGUGGACUAACCAGCUCAGACAGGGCUAGAGGGGGACUGAGGCUUUAGGAAGCAGGGAUGUGACUACUUCAGUGACUCGUGGAAGUGGAUGGCGGUUACAGUAAUUUGGUGACCUGCACUUUACGUAUAUACCAAAAUACGCAUAUGCGUCAAAACCUAAGUAGAUGGUGGUUCUCAGUACUUGUCCCUGGGCUGUGAUUCCUAGCAACCUCACCUGAUGCCGAAAGGUUUUUCCUGGAUCUGUGUUAAGGUAGCCAGUUCCCACCACCACCACCACCAGACCAUAGUGACGAUAAUCUGGCUGGAAAGAGAAACCCAGAUCAGCCGCCAGCCUGGCCUUCUAGCAGUUUGGCCCUGGGCAGAUCUGUGAGGCACUGCCAACCUCACUUUUGUUUUUAAAACCAGGAAAGUAACAUUUCUAAAAGUACCCUACCUCACAGGACUUCUAAGAGAGUUAAGUGAAUCUGUAUAAAACACCUGCUAUAUUCCUGACCUAGAAAUACAUUUUAGUAACUUUUAUUUUUAAAACCUCAGAAGCAGUUUAGAAACUGUUCAUAUGUUUGGUACAUAUUUAUUAUGUGUAAAACAGAUCCAACUUCUUAGGAAAGCUGGUUAGUGAUCUGGGGGUAUAGUUUUAACUAUGUCUAUAAAUACUUCAAAAAGUAUUAGAUGCUAAUCAAAUUUUAAAAUGCAAUCUAAUGGUAGCGACUGGCCUGGGCAGAGAGAAAGCAGUUGUAUUUUUCUUGUGGUUUUUCCAGAAAACACUCUUUUUAUACAGAUUCAGAAAGAAAAUCAAUGGUAUAUCUAAGUUGAUCGUAAUUAAUUUGUUAAUACAGAAAAGACAAACAAAUCUAGGACUACCUUUCCUAAAAUAAAGUAUUUUAAACGUA